AGAGAGAGAGAGAGAGACGCUCUAUUAGCUCCCUCGAAGGGCAAAAUUAAAAGUGCCACGUUGUUAAUCUGUUACCAGUUCUGUCAUUUUCUGCCUUAAACUCGCCAUUGAUUUUAUCAGCUCCAAUCUUCAUGAUCGGUGUUUGACAAAAUGCAAAUAAGAGUAUUUGAAAUACUUGUACACUCUUUCUGUAGACAUUGAACUGAAUUGAUUGUUGUAGAGAAAUGGAUUUUGCAUGUAGUAUUAAGCGGUCAAAUGUGCUUCUUAUUGGCGAAGGUGCUAGUUAUGGAAUUCCGGAUCGAUUAAUAAAUUCAAGGUUUAGAUACCAAGGUUUUGGUUGUAAUUUUUUCAAUCCGAGGAUUGUUUCAAAAUCCCGGUCCACCAGAAAUAUAAGGAGAAGUAUUUCUAAUGUUGGUUGUUUGGAUUCAAGUUUGGUUUCUAGAGGUAAAUUUGAGACUAAUUUAUGGGUUUCAUAUUCAAAUAAAUCAUUAUUUAGAAGCUUGGAUGAUGUUUUUAAGGUGCCAAGGGGAGUUAUCUUACGGUGUCAAGAUAAUGAUUCUUUAGCAUAUAUUGAUGGAAAUGGUCGAAAUGUAGAAUUUGAAAGUAUUGACGAGAGCUCAAGGGUGGAAUCUGCUGAUGGUGCGGAUUCAAAUGGUUUGGGUGGUGAUGAAAGAGAAGUCAAAGAAGAUGCAGAAGCACCUACUUUGGAUGAAUUGAAAGAAUUGUUAGUGAAGGCAAUGAAAGAAUUGGAGGUUGCACGGGUUAAUAGUACCCUGUUUGAGGAGAAGGCUCAGAGAAUAUCAGAAACUGCAAUAGCUUUGAAGGAUGAAGCAUCAAAUGCAUGGAACGAUGUUAAUGCUACCCUUGAUAUGGUUCAAGAAAUCGUGAAUGAGGAGUGCAUUGCUAAAGAAACUGUUCAGAAAGCAACCAUGGCUCUUUCUUUGGCUGAGGCUAGACUUAAAGUGGCAAUAGAAUCAUUACAAGUUGCAAAAGAAGAGGAUGAUUCUCCAGAUGGUUCUGGAGUGAAUGAUACUGAAAGUGGUGAUAGAGAAGAAGAUGGAGUGUUGUUGGCUGCUGAAACAGAAAUCAGGGACUGUCAAGCAAAUUUGGCAAAUUGUGAGGCAGAGUUGAGACGACUGCAGAGUAAGAAAGAAGAGCUGCAGAAGGAAGUGGAUCGAUUGAAUGAGGCUGCAGAGAAGGCCGAGAUGAAUGCCUUGAAAGCUGAAGAAGAAGUUGCGAACAUAAUGCUAUUAGCUGAGCAAGCUGUUGCUUUUGAACUCGAGGCCGCUAAACGUGUGAAUGAUGCAGAGAUUGCAUUACAGAGAGCAGAGAAGUCAGUCUCCAUUUCUCAUGUUGAUAUCUCUGGAAGGAAUAAAGGGUAUGUCUCAGGUGAUGAGGCCACUGUUGAGGAGGAGAAGGUGGUUAAAACGGACGAUGUUAGCAUUGAAAGAGAAAUAGAUUUGCCAAUUAAUGGUGACUAUCUAGUCAGUGAAUCUUUACCUGACAUUCUGUCGGAUGCAACCAGCCAGAUUUCGGAGUAUCAAUCUGAUGAAAUGAGUGAUGAGAAUGGAAAGCUAGGUUUCGACUCUCCUACAGAAGCUGAAGUGGAAACAGAAAAGUCAAAGAAUGUUAUGCAAGCUAAAAAGCAGGAGUCACAGAAGGAUUUGACUAAAGAGAGUUCACCCCUUAAUGCUCCAAAGGCAUUGCAGAAAAAAUCUUCUCGUUUCUUUUCUGCAUCAUUCUUCUCUUUUGCUGUAGAUGGGACUGAAUUCACACCAGCUUCAGUUUUCCAGGGUCUUAUGGAAUCCGCAAGAAAGCAGUUGCCUAAACUGGUUCUUGGGUUUUUGCUCAUUGGAGCUGGAGUUGCCUUCUAUGCUAAUUGGGUGGAGAGGAAUACUCUGCAGCUUCAGCAGCCUGAUGUUAUCACAACAAGCAUUGAAGAAGUUUCAUCAAAUACAAAACCUCUUAUUCGACAAAUGCAGAAACUUCCUCUGAGGAUUAGAAAACUGCUUGCUAUGCUACCUCAGCAGGAGAUAAAUGAGGAGGAAGCUUCCCUGUUUGACAUGUUGUGGCUGUUGCUUGCAAGUGUAAUAUUUGUGCCUAUAUUUCAGAAAAUUCCGGGAGGCAGUCCUGUUCUUGGUUACUUGGCUGCUGGCAUAUUGAUUGGGCCUUAUGGUCUCUCUAUAAUCCGUCAUGUACAUGGGACAAAGGCUAUUGCUGAAUUUGGAGUUGUUUUCUUACUAUUCAAUAUUGGCCUUGAGCUUUCUGUUGAAAGGCUAAGUUCCAUGAAGAAAUAUGUUUUUGGAUUAGGCUCUGCUCAGGUCUUGGUGACUGCAGUUGUGGUUGGCUUGGUUACUCAUUUUGUUUCUGGGCAAGCCGGUCCUGCUGCAAUUGUUAUUGGGAAUGGACUGGCUUUGUCUUCCACUGCUGUUGUCCUGCAGGUGUUACAGGAGCGAGGUGAGAGCACUUCACGACAUGGACGUGCUACAUUUUCUGUCUUACUUUUCCAGGAUUUGGCUGUUGUUGUUCUCCUAAUACUUAUUCCUCUUAUUUCACCAAAUUCAUCCAAAGGAGGGAUUGGUUUUCAAGCCAUUGCUGAAGCUCUUGGAUUGGCUGCUGUGAAGGCAGCUGUUGCCAUCACUGCCAUAAUUGCGGGUGGACGCUUGCUACUUCGGCCAAUCUAUAAGCAAAUUGCAGAAAACCAGAAUGCGGAAAUAUUCUCAGCCAAUACACUCCUUGUUAUUCUAGGGACUAGCGUUCUUACAGCCAGGGCUGGGCUUUCCAUGGCUUUGGGAGCAUUUUUGGCGGGUCUGCUCCUUGCAGAAACUGAAUUUUCUUUACAGGUUGAAUCUGAUAUCGCUCCUUAUCGUGGCCUUUUAUUGGGUCUCUUUUUCAUGACGGUUGGGAUGUCAAUUGAUCCAAAACUUCUCAUCUCUAACUUUCCUGUAAUUAUGGGGACAUUAGGACUCUUAAUAGGUGGCAAGACCAUGUUGGUUGCUUUAGUUGGUAGACUUUUCGGUAUUUCUAUCAUAUCUGCAAUUAGAGUUGGUCUUCUUCUUGCUCCUGGUGGAGAGUUUGCAUUUGUUGCUUUUGGCGAAGCUGUGAAUCAGGGUAUAAUGUCUUCUCAGCUAUCGUCUCUGCUCUUUCUUGUGGUUGGGAUCUCAAUGGCCGUCACUCCAUGGCUUGCUGCUGGAGGGCAAUUAAUUGCUUCUCGUUUUGAGCAACAUGAUGUUCGAAGUUUAUUACCUGUUGAAAGUGAGACUGAUGAUUUGCAAGAUCAUAUUAUUAUCUGUGGAUUUGGACGUGUUGGCCAGAUCAUAGCUCAGCUUCUUUCAGAACGAUUAAUUCCAUUUGUGGCUCUUGAUGUGAGGAGUGAUAGAGUGGCUGUUGGGCGUGCCUUGGACCUUCCUGUGUAUUUCGGAGAUGCUGGUAGUCGAGAGGUCCUCCAUAAAGUUGGUGCUGAAAGAGCAUGUGCUGCAGCAGUUACCUUGGAUACACCUGGUGCAAAUUAUAGAACUGUUUGGGCCCUGAACAAGUAUUUCCCAAAUGUCAAAACUUUUGUCCGUGCUCAUGAUGUUGAUCAUGGCCUCAAUUUAGAAAAGGCUGGGGCCACAGCUGUUGUCCCAGAGAGUUUGGAGCCAAGUCUGCAGUUAGCAGCUGCUGUUCUUGCACAGGCGAAACUGCCCAUGUCGGAGAUUACAGCAACAAUCAAUGAAUUUAGGUCUCGACACCUCUCUGAGCUUACUGAGCUAUGUGAAGCUAGUGGAAGUUCUCUUGGUUAUGGAUUUUCUCGUGUAAUGAGUAAGCCCAAAGCUCAGUCCUUGGAUGCUUCAGAUGAAAACCAAUUAACUGAAGGAACACUAGCAAUAUAGAAGAUAACCAGUAUAAAUCAGGUAAAAGGAAAACAAAGAUGAUUAAAAAUAAUGUAUAGCGGAUAACUUGUUUCAUUGGUAUCAAUUGUACAGAAAGACUUAGAGACACAGGCAGUCGUACACUUUCCAAUUAUCCCAUUUUUUUUUUUAUUAUUAUUAUUAUUAUUAUUAAUUUUUCUUGAUAAAUUUUGAUAGGACCUUCAUAAAAUUUGUUUUGAAGGAAGACAUUAUUUCUGCGUGUAAGCAGUAUGUAUGGCUCUCCUGCUCUAAGUAGAGACAGAAGAAGAGAUGAAAGCUUGAAAUCUUAUUGAAAUUUCGAUUUUUUUUUU